GCAGCCCGGAGCUCUAAUAUUAGGCAAGCAUCACAAAAGGCCAUUUUGGGCUGCCGCGGGAUAAGAAAUAUCAGCUCUUAAGCAAGUGUGAGGCCAGCGCUGUUUCGAAACUCACGCAGCUCCCAAGCUAUUGGCUGAAAGCCAGCGUCAAUUCUCCUGCCUGGGAAGCCUGUUCCGGGCUUGAGUCGCUCGGUUUCGUUUUUCCUGAUACCUAGCUACCGUAGGUUUAGUUUUCUCCUGCGGACCCCACCUCCCUCAAGUAGCCCCGUCCUCUCCUUUCCUUGAGUUUGGCGGCGCAGCCCCGCCCGCUCUGGUCGUGGGACGCUCCGCAGAGUUUGCGGCUCUCGGGCAGCUAUGUCGUCCGACGCCGUUUGCCUCGACCUGCAGCCCAGCUCCUACGACGGCGCCGACAACAACGAGGAGGAGGGCUCCGCCGGCCUCAAGCCUACCUCGAGGAGACUCGCCGGGGAGCAGCCCAGUGACUAUCUCCUCUGGUCGUUGUUCAACCUUUUAUUCUUAAGCAGCUACUGCUUCUGCUGUCUCAGCUUCAGCGCCCUCGUCUUCUCCAUCAAGGCAAGGGAUCGUAAAGUUAUUGGAGAUCCUGAAAGCGCAGCUACUUAUGGGAAGAAAGCCAAAUACCUGAACGUUGCUGCCUGCCUUAUAGGCUUUGGAAUCACUGUUACUUGUUUCCUUGCAAUGAUUUUAAGUGCAGGAGAUAUUCUUAAAUUGUUCAGAGAAAUAAGGGAGAACCCCAAAUUAUUACAGCCAGGUCAAUGAAGAACAAGUAAUUCACCCAGGAUAUCAUUACCAAACAUACUGCCUACUGGCUGCAUCACUUUUCUGUCUCAUGUAUAUUUUCCCUUGUCAAAAGGAGGAUUCUGUGCAGUUUAAUACAACUUGCCAUACUGACAGUGGGAGAGAUUUAGAUUGUCUCUAGAAUAGUUUUUCAACUGAAUUCUGCAGAACUCCAGACUUCCAUGACAACUUGACAGAGUUCACGAGAGAUUUAAGACCAAGCAAACAAAAUUAAAUUCAGUACAGCCAGUGUUAUUCAAAGCAAUUUUUCUAAGGAAAAGCAAUCACAUCCCAGUAACUAAACAUUGAUUUCUAUGGUUAAAACAUUAAAUUCCCAAGUAAUUGUGUGAGUUUUUGUGCACUAGAAAUGUUAAUUUUGCAUUUAUAAUACUUUAAUUUUUAUACUUAGGAUAAAUGGAGGAAUCGUGGGAUUAUGAUUGAGAUAUCAGUUAUUUUGAAAUUCAAAUAUAUCAAUAAAUGACAAAAAACAAAAAUUACUUUGACGGUUUUCUGUUAUUACAGUAGAGCUUUGCCUCUUGAUCAGGUUUUAGGAAUUUCUUUAAAGGAGUUGUGGCAAAAUAGAGUCUUUUGUGAGUUUAUAAUGCACUCCAUCUUAUAUUCUAUACAGUUAUUUGAAUUUAUUUCUGAAUUUAUUUCUGUCGUCUUUCUCUAAUAUGAGACCGGCCACAAUGGACUUAAUCGUUGUAAUCUCCUUUUAUAUAUUCUUUAUUGCAUGUAUCUUCCCUGAAUUGUGAAUGGCUUUGAUUUAGCAACUUCAAGUGUUCAUAACUGAUUUCCUCAGUUUGAAAUGAGGUGACAACCAAACUUAGAACUGGCAUGGUUGGGUCCAUCCCACUGGCAUUGGCCCACUCCACCCUUGCUGGCAGAGGAAGCAUGCUAUGGAUCCUAUUGGCCAGGUUAUUCUGGUUGGUGGGUUCCAGGAAAAGGGCCUUCUCUGAUGUUGCACCUGCCCUCUGGAACAUCUUGCCCCUCCGUGAGUGAGGUUGGCUCCAACCCUCGUGAGCUUCCAUAAGAGCCUAAAGACCAGGUUCUGCCAGCUAGCUUAGGACUCCAAUAGAGGGGUUUCAUAUGGGGAUGGCUGAUAGAUUAUCAACAGAUUCCCCCCCCCAUUCAACUCGCUCCCCAUCUUUUAAUUGGAGCUCAGUAUUUGAAUCUCGGCAGUAUUUUAUUUAUGUCUUUUAGGUUUUGUAUAGUUUUUAUCUUUUUAAGAUUAUAAGCCAUCCAGAGUUACCCUGUGAUAAGAUGGGAGUCCAAUAAAGUUUACAAAUAAAUAAAUAUAAUGGAUUAAAACAAAUGGGAAUUAGAAUGGCGCCUGUUGUGCUUAUUUAACAAGUUCCUAUAGCUGCCUAUCUACCAACACCCUAUGAACAAGAAUUACUUUUUUUUUUAAAAAAAAGCAUGUUUACAAAUCAUUAAUGCCCCUAACAAAAUGCCCCUGACAAAAACUCAGCAUUAAUCUCUCAUAAUCCCCGCCUUCCUUUCCCUCCACCCCCGUUAAAAUUUUGGCACCAGUGCCUGUGGUAAUCUGGAAGCCAAUAGGGUAAGGCUGUCCAUAUUUCAAUGUUCCUGUUCCACAAGACAGGUACCAUGCUAGAGGAAGCACUUUUCCUAGGGCCAACGAGGUGACCUUGCAUCACCUAUGAGACCCAGAGCAUGCCCACUCUGCCUGAUUUGGUGGAAUGAGCAGAAACUAUUAGGAAGAGGCACAGCAGUCCUGCAAGUAUUGAUUCCAUGCCAAGCACAACAAAGAAUGUUCUUUCUGCGUCAACUCAGGAAGCUCAAACUCCCCAAGGAGCUGCUGAUACAGUUCUACAGAGGAAUUAUUGAGUCUGUCAUCUGCACCUCUAUAACUGUCUGGUUUGGUUCUACAACCCAACAAGACAGACACAGACUUCAGAGGAUAAUUAGAACUGCAGAAAACAAUUGCUACCAACCUGCCUUCCAUUGAGGACCUGUAUACUGCACGAGUCAAAAAGAGGGCUGUGAAAAUAUUUACAGAUCCCUCACAUCCUGGACAUAAAUUGUUUCAACUCCUACCCUCAAAACGAUGCUAUAAAGCACUGCACACCAGAACAACUAGACACAAGGACAGUUUUUUCCCGAACGCCAUCACUCUGCUAAACAAAUAAUUCCCUCAACACUGUCAAACUAUUCACUAAGGCUGCAUUACUAUUACUAUUAAUCUUAUUGUUCCUAUCACCCAUCUCAUCCCACUUAUGACUUUAACUUGUUGCUUGUAUCCUUACGGUUUAUAUUGAUUGGUUCCUACUAUCAUUUGAUUGCUUAUUUGUACCCUAUGACUAUCAUUAAGUGUUGUACCUUAUGAUUCUUGACGAAUGUAUCUUUUCCUUUUAUGUACACUGAGAGCAUAUGCACCAAAGACAAAUUCCUUGUGUGUCCAAUCACACUUGGCCAAUAAAGAAUUCUUUCUUUCUUU